AUGACGGCAGUAUCGCUUCUAGCGCUACUAGUGUCUUCUGUCGCUGCUUUUGCCGCCUAUCGCCUGUACCUUGGCUACACACAGCGACUCACGGCCCGACAGCAUGGAUGCCAGCCUGCAGCCAGCUACAAGCACAAGGACCCCGUGUUUGGUCUGGACAUAUUCCUGCGCACCGGUGAUGCCAUUUCCAAGAACACGUUCCUGGUCGAGCACCAGCGCCGAUAUGAUACCUAUGGCCAUACCUUUGAAAGCCUGAACCUCGGCUCGCAUGCCAUAUCUUCAAUCCACCCAGAAAAUCUGAGGGCCGUCUUUUCCAAGAAUGCUACAGACUGGGGGGUUCAGCCUCUCCGGCUGCAUAACAUGAGUCCAUUUUGUGGCUCGGGAUUCAUCACCACUGACGGGUCCGACUGGAAAGCCUCCCACGAUCUCCUCAAGCCUGGCUUCCACCGGUCCAAUAUUUCUGAUUUCGGACCCUUAGAAGAGCACCUCGGUAUCCUAUUUGGACAGAUUCCGAGAGACGGCACCAAGUUUGAUUUGCAGCCAUAUCUCUUAAAAUUGUAUCUUGAUUUGAACACUCUCUUUCUGUUCGGGGAGUCUAUUGGGAUGCUUUCCGGCACGCCGCCACCGCAUGCUAAAGGCUUUCUCGAAGCAUUCCAGGCUGGCUUCAACGGCUGCGGACUCCGCAUUGCCCUGGGCCCUCUGAACUUUUUAAUGCCAAAGGGUUCUUGGCUCAAGGCAUGCGCUAAAGUUCAUCAAUUUGCCGAUAUGUACGUUGAUAGAGCCAUCGACUACCGUGACAAGGCAAAUUUGGAUGAACAUGGUCUGGACAAGACAAGACGACGUACUUUGCUCUUCAACAUGGCACAAGCAACGGCGGACAGGACCGUUUUGCGCAACCAGGCCGUGCAGGCCAUGAUGGCAGCUACUGAAACCACCGCUUCUCUCAUCAGCCAUGUUAUUCGGAAUCUGGCCAGCCACCCUACCAUUGCAGCCCAAGUACGAGCUGAAGUUCUCGCGAUGAGCGACAAGCCGCUGAAUUUCGAUCAAUUACCUCGGAUCAAGUCUCUACAACAUGUCAUUACUGAGACUCUCCGUCUGUAUCCUGUAUUUCCGCAGAACAACCGCGUUGCUUUGAAAGAUACAAUCUUACCUGCCGGAGGAGGCGCAGAUGGCGCUGCUCCAGUGUUUGCGCCAACGGGUACUCUUUUCGACACUUGUUUCGCUACACUGCACCGCGAUCCCAAAAUCUGGGGCCCGAAUGCCAAUGAAUUUUGUCCCUCGCGCUGGGAAAACGAUUAUAGUCCUCCUCCGUUUACCUUUAUGCCGUUUGGAGCUGGGCCUCGGCAGUGUUUAGCACAGCAAAAGGCGACCAUGGAGACUGCGUACAUAGUGUCACGGAUAUUGCAAGAAUUUAGUGGGAUUGGAAGGGAAGAAGACCAGCCUUAUCAGGCACAGGUGGCUCUCACGGCAAAGAGUGCCCACGGGUGUCUCAUAUCGCUUACCCAGGCGACAAGAUGA